CUUUAUUCCUUCAUCGUUGACUAUCAUCUCGAAACGACUGCGCAUGCAUAUAAGUUCACAGCAGAGUCCCAAGAGACAGAAGACCCUUCUGAGCUUGAGCUGUCAGCAGAGAUCAUGAGGAAGAGCCGGAGCGUUUUGGCAGUGACACCUAGUGAUAACAGCAAGGACCUCUCAGGAUGUCCGUCUUCAGGAGCUACGUUGGGUGUGGAUCUCUGGCGAGGCUCCAGACGCCAUUCAGGAACCCUUGUGUUGCCGCCGUUGUCAUGGAGACAGGCAGAGAGGGCCCGCAGCCCUCAAGAAGAUCACGUUUCCAGACCCACUUCACUGGGUUUCAUUACUCCACCACGUAUAGAUAUCACACCAGUACCGCCUGAUAGUUUGGAGGUGGAGAAUGGCCCCCCAAUCGGCUGCAGUCCACUGGACCAGCAGGCGUCACCGAGCUCCGGUUUGGUCCUUCAUCCCAACAUAGCCAGUCAACGGCGGGAGUCUUUCCUGUACCGCUCGGACAGCGACUACGACCUCUCGCCCAAAUCCACCUCUCGCAACUCCUCCCUUGUUGGAGAACAACACAGUGAAGACCUGAUAGUCACUCCUUUUGCUCAGGUGCUUGCAAGUCUUCGCACUAUUAGGAAUAAUUUCAGCAUCCUGACAAAUGUCCAGUGCCCCUCCAGCAAGUACCAGCAGAGGCUGGAUCCUGAAUACAUAUCCGUGUGUCUCUUACCAGAUGAAUCCUACCAGAAGCUGGCCGUGGAGACCAUGGAGGAGCUAGACUGGUGCCUGGACCAGCUGGAGACCAUCCAGACGUACCGCUCCGUCAGUGACAUGGCCUCCAACAAGUUCAAGAGGAUGUUGAAUCGGGAACUGACACAUCUGUCUGAGAUGAGUCGCUCUGGAAACCAGGUGUCUGAGUUCAUCUCCAACACAUUCUUAGAUAAACAGAAUGAACUGGAGAUCCCAUCGCCCACUCCAAAAUCGCGGGACAGAAAGAGGAGGCAGCAGCAGCUGAUGACUCAGAUCAGCGGGGUGAGGAAGGUCACGCACGGCCCUGGUUUGCCCAGCAGCUGCAGUACGGCCCGCUUCGGCGUGAAAACAGAUUUGGAGGACUUGCUCUCAAAGGACUUGGAGGACAUUAACAAGUGGGGUCUGAACAUCUUUAAAGUUUCAGAGCACUCUCACCAUCGGCCGCUGACCUGCAUCAUGUACGCCAUCUUUCAGGAGAGAGAUUUAAUGAAGACAUUUAGGAUCCCAGUGGAGACCUUUGUAACAUACAUGAUGACCCUUGAAGAUCACUACCACGCAGACGUAGCCUAUCACAACAGUCUACACGCGGCUGAUGUGGCCCAGUCCACACACAUCCUGCUUUCCACACCUGCACUGGAUGAGGUCUUUACAGACCUGGAGGUCCUUGCCGCUAUCUUUGCAGCAGCCAUCCAUGACGUGGACCACCCAGGGGUCUCAAACCAGUUCCUAAUUAAUACCAACUCCGAGCUGGCGCUCAUGUACAAUGAUGAGUCUGUUCUGGAGAACCAUCACCUAGCGGUUGGUUUCAAGCUCUUGCAAGGGGAAAACUGUGAUAUCUUCCAAAACCUCUCCAAGAAGCAGCGACAGACUCUCAGGAAAAUGGUCAUUGAUAUGGUACUAGCAACAGACAUGUCCAAGCACAUGAGCUUACUGGCUGACUUGAAGACAAUGGUCGAGACCAAGAAGGUGACCAGUUCAGGAGAGUUGCUUCUUGAUAACUAUACAGACAGGAUACAGGUCUUACGAAAUAUGGUUCACUGUGCCGAUCUCAGCAAUCCCACCAAGCCAUUAGAUCUGUACCGGCAAUGGACGGACCGCAUUAUGGAAGAGUUCUUUCACCAGGGUGACCGAGAGAGAGAGCGAGGCAUGGAGAUCAGCCCGAUGUGUGACAAACAUACCGCUUCAGUGGAGAAGUCUCAGGUUGGUUUUAUUGAUUACAUCGUGCAUCCACUAUGGGAGACCUGGGCGGACCUGGUGCAUCCAGAUGCGCAGGAUAUCUUGGACACUUUAGAAGAGAACAGGAACUGGUACCACAGCAUGAUACCACAGAGUCCCUCCCCUCCCUUCUUUGAAAAGGGAACUGAUGGGGGAGACAAGUUUCAGUUCGAGUUGGAGGUUGAGGAAGCCAAGCAGGAUACCGAGAACCUGUUAGAAACAGACUGUGUAGAGAUAGUGACGCAUUCGCCUUCAUCCGUCGAGACGUAGCACCUCACUACAAUGGCUGUCAUGUUGGCCAAAUUUGAUGACCGAGCAAAGUGGAGGAACGUUAUUCUCCUGCUACCUGAGAAUCCCUCAGAAUACCACUGUGUUUUUGGGACUCUGCCGUUGUUUCAGAGCCAAAACAGGGAGUGAGCCUACACAAUCUAGUUGGAAUUUGCAAGAAUCCAUUCAAGUUGGACAUUGCCAGAAUGGACAGACGGGCAGCCGUACCAAAAGUGCCAUAAACUGGAUUUUCUUAAUCAGACAUUACAGUCUGAUCUGAAUGUUGGAGUGGGUUUCUGUGAAGGAGAAAUGCUGACCCUCUUAUAAGAGGGGUUUGUACUACAUUGUCAAAGUGACUUUUUUUGUAAAAAGAACAACAACAA